UGUAGAGGCGCCGGCAGCAGCAGUAGCAGCAUCAGCGGCAGCAGCGGCAGCAGCACCAGCCAUGUCCUCCGUCCACGACUACAACAGGGCCGAGGUCCCCGGCAGAUCGACGCGGCGUGCCAUGACGACGUCGGCGCUGCUGACGACGGCGGCGACGCUGCUGACGUCGGCGGCCGUGCUGCUGGCGACGGUGACGCCGCAGGCGCGGGCGUCGUCCACCAGGGGCGUGCGCAAGGCGUUCUCGUGGCAGGCGGUCAGCUGGGAGUGGCCCGAGCAGCCGGACGCCGCCGACGCCUUGCGGGCCGGCUACACGCCGCACACCAACCUGCCGCACGGCCUCGAGGUGUGGCGCGACCGACUCUUCCUCACCGUGCCGCGCCGCAAGCCUGGCGUGCCCGCCACGCUGGGAUACGUCACCGUACACAGGGACGAGAGGGCGCCUGCGUCGCCACGGUCGCCGCCGCUGUCGCCGUACCCGGACUGGCAGACGCAGCGGCUGGAGGCCGGCGAGCGCGCCGAGGGCGAGUCAGCGCGCAUCACGUCCGCCUACCGCGUCAGGGCGGACGCGUGCGACCGGCUGUGGGUGAUGGACGCCGGCACCGCCGGCCUGGGGCAGGGCGCGCUGGUCCGCCUCACCCGGCCACAGCUACUCGUCUACGACCUGCGCACCGACACCCUCCUCCUCAGGUACUACCUGCGGAGAGACGACUUCGACGCGACGUCGUUCUUCGCCAGUAUCGCGGUGGAUGUUGAGGCCGGCCACUGCGGCGAGGCGUUCGCCUACCUGCCGGACUUGGGCUCCUCGGCGCUGGUCGUCUUCAGCCUGUCCGACCGCAGCUCGCGCCGCCUGCGGCACAACUUCUUCCGCAUGGACCCGCUGUACGGCGACUUCGACAUUGCGGGAUUCAACUACCAGCUGACCGAUGGCAUCUUCUCAGUGGCGCUUUCCGCUCCCGACCCCGAGGACGACGGCUACCGCACCACCUUCUUCCACGCUCUCUGCUCUUCCAGAGAAUUUGCCGUCUCGUCUCGAUGGCUCAGGAACAGCACUGCCGCUGGCAGCACCUCGUGGUUCCGGUCGUUUCAGCCGGUGGGCAGCCGCGGGGACCGCGGCCAGUCCACAGGCAGCUUCCUGGACGAGCGAACAGGCGUGCUCUUCAUGAUGGAGGUGCUCAACCACCGCGUCACCUGCUGGAACUCGCGCUCCGGGCUCCCCAUGGACGCAGAAACCAUAGGCGUCGUCGCCGAGGACGACGGUACUUCAUUCGUCUAUCCCAGUGACGUUAAGGUGGACGCUUCGCGAAACGAGCUGUGGUUCCUGACGAAUGUGUACCCGGUGCUGCUGCUGGGCCGUAUCAACACGACGGAGUACAACUACCACGUUUUCACUGGCGCGGUAGACGACGUGGUGCGGGACACGCCUUGCGAGCCUGCACGUGAAGCCACGGGCAGCGGCCACUGGCGCCGCUACCAGGCAGAAGCCGCGUCCCCCGUGUCUCCCAGCCUCGUCAUGGAGGCGGCGGGGCCGCAGUAACACCAGCUGGCGACGACGCUGCUCCAACAGGUGGUCGCUGACUGCUUCCACCUGUCUCCGCCAGCCUCGUCGUGGAGGCGGCGGGAGCCCAGUAACGACUGCAGGGGAGCUCCAACAGGUGUUCGGCAACUGUCUGUGUCUCCCAUACUCGUCAUGAAGGCUGUAGCGUAGGCUUCCGCGAACUGUGACUCAAAGAGUGACCUGCAACACGUGGUCGGAGCAAAUGACGAAGAGUGCACAGUACAGGGUGAUUUUUAUUAAUGUUUGAAUACACACAAAGCGACGUAUAUGGUCCUGAGAGAACUAAUUUAGUUACAGACACGUGGGGCUGCAAAUUUCGGGAAAAACCACAAAAGUGGACGAAAAACAUUGAACAUGUGACUUCACCGGGUGACGUACCUCGCAGCAGCUGGUCUUAUCGAUCCUGCUGUCAAUCGCAGGGGGCAUUGCUACACGUCGCUCCCCUAGGCUACUCUGUUUUCGUACAUGUAAACAGACUCGUUGCAGUCUUGUACCGCGAGCGCUAUCGUAUCACAUCGAAUAAUACAAGAACGAAAACAGAGUAAACUAGCAGAGUGAUGCGCUGCACAGCCCCUAUCGAUGAAGGAAGGAUCGACAAGCUGCGCGUGCGGCGGCAUGCGUCACCUCGUGAUGUCACUUGUUCAACACUUGUCAUCAACUUUUGUUGUGUUUCCUGACAUUUGUGGUCCCACGUGUCUUAUAUUAAAUCAUUUGUCUUAGCGUCAUCUACAUCGCUGCUGUGGUUUUUAAACGUUAAUAACAAUCACACUGCGUAUAAAUAAAUUGGACUGGACUGUCAGUCAGGCACAAUGACAAGCAUGUAAUGCUACAAACACACGACAGACAAGCGUGUGAACGACUGAUCAAGCCUCCUUACUGUGCCUUAAAUCUGGCGUUUAGCCUUAUCAGAGUUUACAAGGUUAAAUCGACUCUUGUGUUUCUGCUUGACAGAACAAUAUUCAUAAAUUAAGAGAAAAAAUUUUGGUUCUUCAACAGUAUUUGUCUGUGGUGGCCUACUAAGCCAAAACCAAUUAGCUAAUUAAAUAGAUACUAUAGGACAUCCACAGUGUUAUGCUUUCCAUUCAUACUCUCUCAAAUGGUAAGUAAUUGUUGAAACCAUGUGUUUGUUGGUUGUGCCCUUCUGAUUGUAGGUUGGCAGAAAGCUAUUUAGCUAUGAACGGCAGUGAGGAGACAGAACUGUUGUGUUGACACAGGCUAGAUAUCAGAGACAUGUUUUUGGUGAUAUGGACAUUUUUGUGGUGAUAAGUGCGUGAAGUGCUUACAAAAUUAUAUAAAUAUAUACUUAUAUGUAUGUAUGGUGAAACUCAAUGCAUGAAAGAUAACUGCUAUACAUAAAAUCGUUCUCAUUACUAAUUGAAAGUAUGUAUUUCUAUCUAUCACAGUUUACAGACUUUUUAAAAAAAUAUAUAUUUUAUAUGUUGA